AAAUGUCAUUUCAAUAUGCUGAAGUUGGAAUCAGAUGUUACAGAUUUAUUUCCUCUUUAUCUAGAAGUACAUAUUGUGAUGGACAAAGCUUUGUAUGAUUACUUGGGCUCUGAUAGCAUGAUAGUAACAAAUAAAGUCAUCGAAAUUGUUGGACUUGUGAAUUCAAUGUUCACCCAAUUUAAAGUUACUGUUGUGCUGUCAUCAUUGGAGUUAUGGUCAGAUAAAAAUAAGAUUUCUACAGCUGGUGAGGCAGAUGAAUUAUUGCAUAGAUUUUUAGAAUGGAAACUGUCUUAUCUCACCCUAAGGCCUCAUGAUAUUGCAUAUUUAUUCAUAUAUAGGGAUUAUCCAUAUUAUGUGGGAGCAACAUUUCCUGGGAAAAUGUGUGUUACCCGUUAUUCUGCAGGAAUUGUAUUGUAUCCCAAGGAGAUAACUCUGGAGGCCUUUUCCGUUAUUGUGACCCAGCUGUUGGCACUCAGUAUGGGAAUAUCAUAUGAUGACCCAAAGAAAUGUCAAUGUUCAGAAUCCACCUGUAUAAUGAAUCCAGAUGCUAUGCAAUUCAGUGGCAUGAAGACUUUCAGCAGUUGCAGUUUUAGUGACUUUAAGCAUUUUGUUUCAAAUGUGGGUGCCAGAUGUCUUCAGAAUAAGCCACAAAUGCAAAUUCGUGCAAGAGCAGUCUGUGGCAAUGCUGUAGUGGAAGGAAAUGAAGUCUGUGAUUGUGGUAAUGCAGAUCAAUGUGGACCGAAUAACUGUUGUGAUCCUGCAACUUGUAACCUGAAAGAUGGAGCACAAUGUCAUCGAGGAGCAUGUUGCAGGGACUGUCAAAUUCAAGCUGCGGGUUUUGAAUGUAGGCCUUCAAGGCAUCCUGAUUGUGACCUCAGUGAGUUUUGUAAUGGAACUUCAUCAGAAUGUGCUCCUGAUGUAACUAUACAAAAUGGGAAUAGAUGCAAAAAUCGUAGGUUUCUGUGUUAUGCUGGAGCCUGUGCUGAUCCUGAUGCACUUUGUGAAUCCAUAUUUGGAGCAGGUUCCCACAAUGCUCCAACUUUCUGCUAUGAAGAAAUUCAAAUUCACACAGAUAGAUUUGGGAACUGCGGUAAGAAUAGCGCAAACAAAUAUAUAUUCUGUGGAUGGAGGAAUAUUUUAUGUGGAAGAGUAGUUUGUACCUUUCCUCAUCAAACUCCUUUCCAGCAAGAUAAUGGUGAUGUGAUUUAUGCUUAUGUACGAAAUCAUUUAUGUAUAAGUCUAGACCCCAGAUUGCAUCCCGGCAUGGAAGAUCCACUGACUAUUCAAAUUGGCAGUGCUUGUGAUUUUGGAAGGGUUUGUAGUUCGAAGCGUGUAUGUGAGAAUACAGAGUUGCUUACUAAUCCUGCAGAUGAAUGUACAGAAAAAUGCAAUGGACGUGGAGUGUGCAACUCCUUGGGGGAAUGCAAUUGUACUGGUGGCUACUUGCCUCCAACUUGUGAGUCACUUCGUGGGGCAACUCGUUCUAUGCCUCCUGUGGGAAAGGGUUUAAUAACAGAAAAACAUUCUGGGAAGAGUAAAAAGAGAUGGCUUCUAGGUUUCUACAUUUUUCUUCCUAUACUCAUUGUACCAACCAUUGUAGCUCUGGCAUGGAAUCGUUUGAAAAAGAGGUUCACCAAGGAAGAGGAAUCUCUAAGUAGCAGAUCCAGAUCAGAAGAAAGCACUCACACGUAUGCCAGCACAACCAGAUCAGAAAGUGGCACCCAAGCAGAUACUAGCAGAUCCAAGUCAGAAGGUAGUGCCAAGGAAAUACCAACAGAUCCAAAUCACAGGAAAGCAAAUAGCAGUGCCCAAACACAUAGCAGUAGUAACUAGUAAUACCCUCGGAAGGCAAUGGGCACUGAGAAAUGAAAGUUCUGCUUUUGCUCCUGUGGUCACAGCUGAAGGAAACAAUAAACCAAGUGAAGACCAGUU